GCCCAGCUCGGCGUGCGCUGCGGCCGGGUCGGAUCUGAGACGAGCACCCCCAACUUAUUACCAUUUCAUCCUCAUCCACCCCGCCUCCUCCCGUCUCCCCCUCCGCCGGAUCUGAUCGGAUCCGCCCGACCACCCCGCGCCGCCGCCGCAGAUCAGAAAAGAUGGCCGCAGUUGACACCUUCCUCUUCACCUCGGAGUCCGUGAACGAGGGACACCCUGACAAAUCCGCGGUGGCGUCCGCGGCCGAGGCGGCGACCACGGACGUGGAGCUGCUCAAGCGAGCCUGGCGCAACGAGAAGGCGGUGCCAGAGAUCCUCCGCUUCGACUCCCCACUCGUCUCCCGCGUCCGCGAGCAGAUCCAGCUCCUCGAGGAGACGCUGGAUGAUUUCGCCGACAGCGGUGUCGACGAUCUGGUGGUCUCGCUCUACCAGAUGGACCUCGACCGCACGCUCUUCCUCCUGCGCUCCUACCUCCGCCUCCGUCUGCAGAAGAUCGAGAAGUACACGAUGCAUAUCUCCAGGUCUGACGACCUCCUCAGCCGGCUGUCGCUGCAGGAGUGCCGGUUCGCUAAGAGUUGCUCUGAGAUCAUGGAGAAGCAUCUCGAACAGUCGGUGCUGUCGAAGCUGCCGUAUGGCUAUGACUCGGUUACCAGACAGUCCUUAUCGAGCACUGAGGAUGACAUGGUGCCAGAGCCUCAGCUUGACACCUUUGUCUUCUGCAAGACUAAGAGCGACGUUGGAGCCUUCCAGCUAGAUGACAUUGGAGAGGAGGUUGUGGACUUGGUUGCCAACGACUUGUAUGUUCUUCGGUACAAGUCCAUCAAGGGCCUGGUCGAGGGUGGCCAAAUCGAUCUUAUCUGAUGUCAAUCACAAAUCAGUACCUGUAAAAGAGCUUUUGGUCCAAGAUUCUUCUGAAUUCUUGGAACGGAUGGAAUCAAGGGGGGAAUGAUAUUUGCUCUGUAUCGCCACAAAGAUAACCUGAAUUGGUAAAUACCGUCUAAGUGCAGCAUGUGGCUUAGGCUCCAUAUGUAAGACUCACAUUGGAUUGUAUUUUGUAAGUUGUACAUGAAUGUGAUGGUACCAAACUUAGUUUAUCUAUUUUCGUGGGUUUUCUCUCCAUUGUUAAUGAAAUCAGGAUCAUGGUCAUCGUCAUCA